AUGUCGCGCAACGAAUUCAGGGGGCGUGAACCGUUGGUUGGUCCAGAGUUGCCCAGCAUCGACGACGUCCUGAACUCGAUGCUGCCAAUUUACCGCCAGGCGCUGCAGGAUUUUUGCGAUAGCCAGGCCGCCAUGGACGAAGAGGAGGAAGCCGCCAACGAGAUGCGCGAAGAAGAGGCGGCGAAUGAUGAAGAAGCCGCCAACGAGGUGCGCGAAGAAGAGGCGGCGAAUGGUGAUGAAGAGGGCGAGGUGGAGGUGCGCGAACUCCAGCUGUAA